AUGGGUGCAAAACAAUCUCAGGAAAGAAAAUCAUAUUUAGAUGAUUAUCCCAACCCCCUUGGGCAUUUCACAUCGAUAUAUAACAUUGAAAACAUCAGUUCCAUAGUUGCAAAUAGACACCAAAACUCGUUGACAACUGCGAAAUGGUUUGUCAAAAUGAAUAUUCAUUUUACACAUGGUAUAUGGAUGCCGGAGGGAAUGGAAGACCCACUUUUUCUUGUCGUUUACUGUGGAGUCGUGUGUCCGAAAGUCAAAGACUGGAGAGUGAAAGCUAAUGUGAAAUUCAUUUUGCACGAUUUGAAUGAUGUACAAAACUCGGUGGAAUACCAUUGUGGGGAUGUAUGGUUCGAUAACUACACUCAUGAGAAGCCAGUAAUUUAUCAAGAUACUAAUAUCAGUUUGGAUAGUCUUUUGAAUGACAGUUUUGGUUAUGUGAAAGAUAAUAUGAUGCGAGUGGGAACAGAUAUUCGAGUUCUGGAAGUAGAAGGAUUCCACCAACCAACUGUUGUCAAUUAUAGAGUACCUCCAGUUGAUCCGUUUUAUAAGCAGCUUUGUAAGUUUUCAGACGAAGAAAUAUAUAUCAAUAAAGCGGUCAUGAACACCCAUUCUAUAUUGAAACCUUAUGAUCUACCAAUCCGCGAUUUCCUGGAUCUCGAAAUCCCCAAACCGUCGACUGGGACUCUGGAAGAAUUUUUGGAUUGUGCUUAUGGCUAUCCAAUUCAAAUGGACACUCGAGCAGGGAUUCGUGAUAUUCUCCGUAGUGCAAAGCUUUUCAAAAUGCGAUCGGUGGCACAAAGAGCAGCGCAAACUAUUAUUCAUGAUUUAAAAUAUCCAAAAGGUUUGAAACAAGAAAUCAAUCUUGGAAUAGAGUUCGACAUGAGAAGAGUUGUUCAUUUCUGGCUGAAUAAAAAGGAGUCGAUCAGUAAAGAAGAUUUAAGGGAUUUAAAUAUCGAGAAGAUGUCAGGAGAGACAAUGAAGACUAUUGUGAAGAGAGUUCUUAAGUUGUAA